AUGGACGUCGAACAGUGGUUCAGCGCCAUACCCCCCGUCACGAGGGCUUGGCUCGUCGCCUCGGCCGCGACCAGUUUGCUUGUUGAAUGCCAGGUCGUCGCCCCCCUCCAGCUAUACUUUAGCUGGACGUCGGCCGUCGUAAAGGCCCAACCAUGGCGCUUCGUCACGACAUUCUGUUACUUUGGCAAGGUAUCUCUAGACCUCUGUUUCCACCUCUUCUUUGUCAUGCGAUACUCGCGCCUGCUCGAGGAAAACUCCUUCUCAAACCGCCGGGCAGACUACGUCUGGCUCCUAGUGCUAGUCAUGGCUUUCCUCAUGGCCCUGUCGCCACUCAUCACCAUGCCAUUCCUCUCCUCGUCGCUAGCCUUUGCCCUCGUAUACAUCUGGUCGCGCCGCAACCCCAGUGUCAAAAUGAGCCUCUUUGGCGUCGUCACAAUCACAGCACCAUACCUUCCCUUCUGCCUCGUUGCGUUCAGCUGGCUCUUACAGGGCGGCUUUGAUGCUGCGUUGGGCGAUAUUCUCGGUAUCCUCGCCGGACACACUUACGUCUUCCUGCAAGAUUACUGGCCGCGUGAGAUGUGGUCCUCGGGACAGGGAGAGGUCGUCACUCCCGCCAUUUUAAAGCGCGCUCUGGGCCAGCGGGAUCGGGAUCGUGAACCCGAGCGGCACGAUGAGUAG